AGCCGUUACCUUUGAUCAUCGAUCAGAAACGAAAAUGAAGGUGCCAGAGACAAGAUUCUUCCGCUACCUCCUGCUCCUAAAAGGACUCUUAUGCUGCUUCUUCCCAUGCUUUGUUGACGCCAGCAAGACCCGUUUUGUCCAUCCGAUAAAUCCUUGGGUCAAAAGGGAUGCCGUCAAACUCUUCCCAGAUCACGAGAGCGGACGCGCGCUUGUAGUUCGUGUGUUUCUUCAAGGGAGACGGGUGACAGGGAUGAAUGUUUUCGUUUGUCCAACAAGAAGCGUGGAUGUGGAUGGGUCAGACGAGCAGAGAGAGGAAGCUUCUGUGUAUGAAUUUUUCAACGUGCAGGAACCGGCUUGCGCCAAUCCAGAGGAAGAACCAUUAAUGUCUGUAACACAGGGUACAAACUUGAAAGAGGCGCUGAAGAAAUUUAUCGAUUGCGAUUCCAAACUGACUUCUGACGGCCUCGCGACGUCAUUGUCUAUCGCGGCUGGUAGACGUGGUAGCAGAUGGUCAGGCUUGAGUCAGCAGGAUGUGGCAACUCGCGCAGAGAAAACAGCACAGAGUGUGCAGCGACAUCGACUAGGAUGGCUUAGAAGGUUAUGGGAAAACAAAAUUACGCAACCUCCUAAGUUGUGAGAUGAAUCGUGCCUGCAUGCUACUACAACUGCAAUUUUCAUUCUCUUCAUGCUAGCAAUUCGCACGCGCCGAAAACGACAAACACAAAGGCUCGCUGCAACAUGCGUUUGUAACGUGCCAACGCUGUGACAACCAUGCAUCCAGCACAGGCUCUAUUCGUGUGGAACCUUUGCUCUAUUUCCUCCAAGAAGAGUGCUUCAUCAAUGGCUUUUACCGGGAAAUGGAGGCUCCUGGUUCUCCUGGAGGACUGUUUUUUCAUGUGGAUGACCGAAAGCAGGAAAGGACUCACCUUAUUCGAUUUUGGCGUGAAUUUGAAGAGAAGCGUCGAAAGCACCGAGUAGGCGCAUUUACUGGGGAUGUGCAAAGAAAGAGCUAUUUGGCGGAUCUUCUACCAGGAACAGUGGAGUGGACACAAAAUCUUCAAGCAGAUAAAGAUUCCACUCUACUACUGGAACAAGAGGAUCCGAAAACGAAUCCAGAAGCAUACACUAGGAGACGGACCCUGAAAUAUUGUGGGUGGCUGACUGACGGUGAAGAAGGUGGCGAAAGCCUUAGCUCCGUUUUAUCGACUGGAAAGCUAUUGCACCAAGUGGCGACGAGCAACGAUGCAAACUUUCUAUUCGAUCAAGAAUCGACUUUUCACAGUGUUGUCGUACAAGGGAAAUUUUUAGCUGCCGAAGAGGUCUUUAACAACAUAGGCAUCAUUCCAGAAUCAUCGUCUACGUCGUCGUCUUCUUCGUCCCCUGCUGAAGUUCUUGUUAGAGAAGAAGCCGUAAAAAAAGUCCUGGCAGCAGUAGCGGAUGACGGAGAGCUAAGCAAAAUUCUGAAGGAUCCGGGUAUCAAAGUGGUACAUGAAAUCAUUGCUUUGGGUUCUGGGCUUGAGAAACCUGAUCAACAUCGAUUGUUGCUCAAGGACUUGCUGCCAGGUGUACAGACACGACUAGUGAAAGACUACAAUACAGAACUAGUAGUCCAUCUUCCCACGACUAAGCACUUGAGCACAGAAAAUGACUUCGAAUCAGUGCGCCAGUAUGUGGCUGAGAAACUAAACCUAGAAAUGGGUACAGGUGGGAAGUCUGCUUCCUCUUCUCGUUCACCACAAAUAUCGUACUUCCGCAUUAUGCCGGACCCAAAACGAUUGCCCUGGGCAUGUGAGCUUUAUAAGAAGCUGUUUGAAGAGGAUGGUUUUCGUCCGGUAAUAGUGUCGACAACAUUGACACACGCGAUUCCACCACCAUUUGAGUACACUGUAAAAACGAGAGCAGGAGAAGCUGGUCCUCUUGCUGGAGGAGGUGCAUCUCCUCUGUGGAACCAGGUGGGAGACGAAACUGGGGAUGCAGAAGAUACCAAGGUAGUACUAGAUGAUUCGGCUCUGAAGAAGGUUCUUCAAGAUUACACUAGUAUGGAUGAGGAGCAUGAUAAAACUUCCAUGGAACAAGUGGAACAACAGGUUCAGGGCUCACCUUCAACAUACACGACCCUAGAGGAUUGGACUUUUGAUUAUCCUAGACCUGCCUUCUUACCUUUUGGUUUCACUGGCACCGCCUACACCCCUCAGAAAACCGCAGAGGAACUGAAAACUGCCAUGCUGUCCAGACUACUGCCUUGUAUUAAGGCUACAAGAAAUCAAUCUUCACAAGCAUCCUGUGACCAUUUUCAAGGGGAACAAGGUGCUACAGGAUGCAUUCCAAGGCGGAUCUCUCUUAGUUCUAAUUUUAGCGUUUCCUAUUUUUUAAGACAAGUCUUGCCUGGGACUAGGAGGGGCAAAUGGGUGGAUUCGUCGCUUGGGGCAAAGGCGAAAGACCAAAAAGACUUCGUCAUGUUCGUCUACACAGGCCAAAGUGGAUUGUUUCUGAGACGCGACGUAGUGGAGCGAUAUCAAGAGAAAAGGAGAACUUCAUCUGCAGCGAUAGCGCGAUAUCAAGAUGAAAGGAGAACGUCUACUGGUGCCUUCAAGAAAGAAGAAGAACAAGAGCCACAAACUCCUCUUACCACACUCCCACCACUACCUCAAACACUUGAUGAAUUUCAGUGCUAUCUAGAAAGCGGCAUACGGUCAGAUGGUAUAGUGUUUUCCUUGAGAAAGAUUCGGGAGUGGUUAUUUUCUGGCACCUCUGAGGUGGAUAUGGAUGAAGCAUCUCUUGGGAGUUUACUUCGUGGAAAUUUGACGCAAGCUUUGGAUUAUUUGUCGUCAAAAAAUAGCCCUCACUUUACUCCGUGGAACUCGAUUUCAAAGUUGGACUUCUGUGUUGAUGGAGUUUGCUUUGCUUAGGCGGGAAAUUUACUAGGGCAAUAGGC